AUGUCUUCAGGACAAUAUUAUAAAAAGGAUGCCUUUUUCGUUGAUUCUAAUGAAAAUAUAAAAAUCGAAGUUUUACAUUAUCCUCUCACUAAUAUCAUAUCGAAUUAUCCACCAAUUUUAUUCAUUCAUGGUUUAUAUAUUACGGCUUGGGCUUGGGAUAAUUAUUGUCGGUGGUUUUCAAAUAAAGGAUAUGAUUGUUACGCUAUGAGUUUGUGGACACUAAAUGAUAUUACAAAUGAUGUAUCGGUUGUAACUGAUGCAAUAAUUACAAAAACUGGAGAUAAACCUAUUCUCGUUGGGCAUUCACUUGGAGGAGCAGUACUUCAAAAUUAUCUUAAAUAUAAUCAACAGAAAGUGGCGGGUGGAGUUUUAUUUGCAACAUUAUCACCGUACAGCUACAAAAAAGACGCCUUCAAACAAACUCGUAAAUCACUUUCAAAUACACCAAUUCUUCCUAUUCUUAAAGCUUUAAUUACAUUAAAACCAUAUGCAUUAAUUGGAACUCCUGAAUUAUUGAAAAAAGCUUCAUUUUCAAAGGCAUUUCCUGAUUCUAUGGCUAAAUAUAUUCAUCCAAAACUCGAUAAAGUUAGUUUUAUCAAUGUAUUCUUCGAACUUUAUAAACUUUUUGUUGACCCAACAAAAAUCAAAUGUCCUAUAAUUGUUAUUGGUGCAGAAGAAGAUAAAAUAUUUGAUUUUAAAGUUAUAAAAGAAACUGCUGAAGCUUAUGGUGUAGGAUUUGAUAUCAUUGAAGGUGCUGGUCACAAUAUUACAUUGGACCUUACAUGGGAGGAUGCUGCUCGUAUUAUCUUUAAUAGAAUCCAAGAAAAAAUUGUUAAGGAAUAA